AUGUACUCUCGCGCACAAGUUUUAAAGACGAAGAACUGCCUUUCCCCUACCCCUGCAUUACCUACUAUACCAUCUCUAGAACUUCAUUGUGUUUCUUGUGCUCAUCGCGUACGUAUCGUAGCUUGUGGCCGCUCUGAGACGAAAUACGUAAGUAAUUUUAAUAUAUUAACGCAUUCCUUUUACAGCAUUCUUUUUAGUAUGGGAAAAUCUAAAAAACAUAAGAGAAAGAGAAGCUCAUCAUCAAGUUCUACAGACUCUUAUUAUUUGUUAAAACGAAUUAAAAAGUUAGAAAAACAACUGAAAUGCCAACAGGCCACAUCUCGGACUCGAAGUCCCUGCGUCGAUCGCCGGCAAAAAUCUCCAUCGCGCUCUCCGAGACAGAGGCACUGUUCACGAGAUUCCUUGGCUCGCAGUCAAGCGGCUUCGAAUACAGGGCGGGGAGUUGCGGGGUCUGUCGUACAGGCCCGAGAGUUAAGUCCAGUUAAUUCUGAGCAGAGUUCUUUCUCGAUUUUAUCGAAUGCUCGUAGCGUUCGUAAUAAUUUUAAAGAUAAUCAAAAUGAUGAAAGUCUAAUUCUACAGGAUGAUGAUUUGUUAAAUCUAUUAGGAGAGAAUCCCGAGAAAGAACAUAAAAAUAAAUUGGUUUUGCACGAAGCAAUAACUCCUAGAUGGCGACAUUUCCUAUUAAAUGGGAUCAAGAAAGAGGAACUGGUGCCUCUCCUCGAAAAUUACGAAGCAUCAUCAAACCUACAGGAAUUAAUUGCUCCGCGACUGAAUCCGGAGAUUUUCACGGUUAUGCCUAAGGAUAACCUAUCAAAAGAUGGUUCUCUCGUAGAGAUCCAAAAUCAUCUGGGAAACGGACUUUGCGCGCUCGGCAAAGGAAUUACCUUAUUAUUAGAAGAUAAACAUGAAAUUCCCAAGGAUAGUAAAGAAGCACUGCUGAUGCAUAUCUCUGAUCAGGAAAGAUAUUUUCUAAUCUCUUUCACAAGGUAUCUAUUUCUCGAAGAAAUAUGA